UAUAUAUAUAGAUAUAUAUAUAGGGAGGAGAGCGGGGAGGUUCCAGCAGUAUGGCGGCGCCCACCAGCCGGACCUCCUCCCAGGCCGGGUACUUCGACCUCACCUGACUUACUUCCUGAGCUUGAAGGGCGCCAAGCUCACCUCCCUCACACACCAGCGAUACUCUGCCACCUGACAGACGUAACCAAGAAGCUCUCGUGUCUCUUCUGAGAUGGCCAGAGCGGUUGCUGCUGGUUCCUACAGUGGAGUGUUCGUCGUGUUCUGCUGGAGUUUACUGCUGCUCUCUGGACACUGCACCUUCUUUGACACCUGUAGCAGAGACGCUGACAAGGAUGGACAAACGCUGAAGCUCAAUAAGGUUGCGAAUGGGUAUGGGCAGCGGUCCCUGGCCUACAAGAUGCUCGGCGGGUGUCGGGACAAGGGGGUGGUCUACAUACCCGGCUUCAUGGGAUCCAUGUCAGAGGAGAAGGCAACCUUCUUAAAUAACUUUUGUAACUUGCACGACGUGUCAUUUCUAAGGUAUGACCCCUCGUGGUUGGGAGAGAGCAAAAAAACCAGUAGUUUAAAGCAGAUUAAGAAGAUUUUUUCAGUUUGGAUGGACGAUGCUUUUGAGAUGUUCAAGCUGACGACUGGCCCACAGAUUGUUGUUGGACACUCCAUAGGGGGAUGGAUCGCCAUUCAUUUGGCUUUAAAACAUCCUGACAGAGUGGCCGGCUUGUUGCUGUUAGGACCUGUUUACAAUUUACAUGAAAAUUGUUUGAAUUUUACCGAGGGUAAGAAAUUAAUGAAUAAGGCAGUACUAUUGUUGGGUAAAGCUAGAGUUGAGGACAUCAUGAAGGAUGCACAGCAAUACCAAAUCUCAGUUGCUCCAUCUUCGUUAACGAUCAACUGUAAAGUGAGCAUACUUCAUGGCAAGGAUGAUGUGUUCCCCUUUCACUUUUCUCAGACGUUGCUCAAUGCUCUAACAUCCAAAGAUAAGACUCUGAACAUCUUAGCAUCUGGCGAUCAUCAUCUUCAAGAUGAGCACACACUCAAUGAAAUAGGCGCCACACUCUUGCAUAUGAUAUAGCUUUUUGUUAGUGUCAUUAUUCUGGAGCAGUAAUAUGUAAUCACAGAUAUGCUGUGAUUCUUAACAUUUUAAGAUACAGGUUGGGUGAGGGAGAGCAGUAUGAGGAGUGAUCCACCACAGACGUAUGAACAGUAUAAAGUGAUGAUCUCUGGGACAAUGUGCAUUACUGUUGUUUAGCAGGAUGUCCUGUGGUUGAUGGGUGUGGGAGUGUUCUGCCCAGUUACACUUGUACUUAUUUUCUGUUAUUUUGGUUAUUGGAGACAAAUAUAUCCUUUUCAAGAUUUGCAAUGAACCAGAAGUGGACUACUGUAGUUCACUUAUGUUUAUUUAUAUAUAUAUAUAUCAAUCUCAUUCAGUAGUCUGGACCUUCUUCUGAAUGCCUUACUGUAUGUUAGGUGCCAUAUACUGUAUAUAGUCAGUCACAUAUAAAGAUUAUAUUUAAAAUAUUUCAACCCAGGUUUCAAGUAUUGUAUUAAAGUUUUGGUUGUUGAAUUAACGUUGGUAUUAGCAGUGACAGUGUAGCAUUAUCUUGUAUAUAUAGUGUGCAGAUUUCUUGUCUGCACACAGAAGUCUCCAUAUUUUUGGUUAAUAAAGUUUCAAGCUACAAAAAACAUCAAAAUAUACGUUCACUAUGGAUAUAUAUGUUUUUCUGACUUCUUUUUCUUAAAGUUUCUAAAGUUUACUUAAAUUCUUGCAGUCGUUAACAGUAGACUAAAGUUUUAAGAUGAAUAAUAUUUUGUAAUAUGUUUCAAUGUGAAUUCGUACACAGGAAUUGUCAGUCUGUCUACCCAUUGCAAUAUUAAGCGGGAUUACCAAAUUGAUCAUAUUUUUACUGAUGUGUAUAGAUUGUAAUCUUCAUAUAUUAUUAUAGAUAAGAUUUUUUCUACUUUAUGUAUUUUGUACAAUAAAUUUUUUUUUAACAUAAAAACAACUUUCUUUAUUAUAGAGAGUAUGUUAGCCAUUUUUCCAGCAGUUCACAUAGUUGCAUAAUUUGAGGAGAUGUAGUUGUGGUGCACUCUGAGAAAAGUUCAGAUGUACUGUACUGAAGUUGCAUACUUUACUUAAAUUCAGGAAGCUCCUUUGCAUCAAAACAUUUUUUUGACAAUAUUUUUUGGUACAGAAUGACCAAGUAAU